GGGAAAAAUAAGAAAAAGAAGGCGCCGGCGCGAGACCGGCGACCAAUGCUGGGCGCGUUCGUACACGCGCCUAUUAUUUGUUUUCUCUCUGCUCCUCCUCCUCCGUCCUCUGCACCAAAUCGCAACUUCUAUCGCUUCUCUGUUAUGGCUAUUUUUGCUCGAAUUGCAGUCGUGGGCGACGUUCAUGGCCAUUGGGAUUUACGAGAAGAUUCGAGGGCACUUCAGCUAUUGCUGCCAGAUUUAGUGCUCUUUACAGGUGAUUUUGGUGAAGAGAAUGUUGAAUUGGUCCGAAGUAUUGCAGAUCUUAAAUUUGAAAAGGCAGCUAUAUUGGGAAACCAUGAUGCUUGGUUUACGCCAUGUUUUUCUCAAGGGGAGAAGGAUGGUGUUCAACUUCAGUUAGAAUGUCUUGGCAAAAAUCAUGUUGCUUACCGACGUGUGGACUUUCCUCAGCAAAAACUAAGCAUUGUUGGUGGACGACCUUUUUCUCAUGGUGGACCGGGGUUGUUUCGGAGACAGCUUCUUUCAGCGAGAUAUGGUGUCAAAGACAUGAAAACAAGUGCCAAGAAAAUAUACGAAGCUGCGAUAGGCACGCCUGAAGAUCAUUUGGUUAUAUUUCUUGCACAUAAUGGCCCUACAGGCCUUGGUUCUUGUAUAAAUGACAUCUGUGGAAAAGAUUGGGUAUUUGGGGGUGGAGACAAUGGUGAUGAAGAUCUAGCACAAGCCAUAUCUCACUUGAAAGAGACCGGAAAGUUUCAUGUCCCUCCUCUGGUUGUGUUCGGGCAUAUGCACAAAGAACUCGCAUAUGGACACGGUCGUCGUAAAAUGACAGUCGUUGCAGCCGACAACACCAUUUACCUUAACGGAGCUGUCGUUCCGAGGGUUGAUAGUUACUCCAGGAAAGAAGCCGAUGGAGGAGGAAACUUAACGAGCAGUGCAACCUCCUCUUCCAAACCCGUUUCGAGAGGCACCAAGCGGGCAUUCACUGUAAUUGACAUUUCAAAUGGAAAGGUGGACAAGAUUAGUGAAAGUUGGAUCUCUGUUGUUGGGGAUGAGGCAUGCUUGGAUGAAGAGCAUGUGAUGUACAAAAGUGGCCAUUAGCUUCCUCCAAAUUGGGAUUGAGGUUUCAGCAUAAAGAUUCUCACUUGGAAUUUUGAAGCAGAAAUGGAACAUUUUAUAAAUUAUGAAAUCUGGCUUCACAAACAGGUACAUCCAUCAAAAUUUUAACUUGGGAUGUAAAUGUAAAUUGUUGUUUAUAUGAAUUUACUCUCCUGCUAACUUUAUAUUCUUCCUUAAAA